GCCGGCGCCGCCGGCCCGGAGCCAAUCAGCGUGCGGCUGUGGGACCGGCGGGAGAUUUGACCUAAGCCCGCCCCCUCGUGGGAGGGACCGGGAACGCGCGCCCCAGGCUCAGCUCAGCUCAGCUCUGGCGCCCCAGAGCCCCGCCCUCCUGGCAUAAAAAGGCGGCCCGGGCGCCUGUCGGCUCGUACACAGCGGGAUGGAUGACUUGGAGGGAGGUGCUAAGCGCGGGGCUCCCUGGAAGAGGAUGUCUAAAGAGGAGCUGGAGAAUCAGUACUCCCCGAGCAGAUGGGUCGUCCGACUGGGAGCAGAGGAGGCCUUGAGGACCUACUCACAGAUAGGAAACGAAGCUACCAAGAGGGCCCAGGCCACCGGGAGGAACCUGCUUGAUGUCCCCUAUGGAGACGGCGAAGGGGAGAAACUGGACAUCUACUUUCCUGAGGCAGUGUCUGAAGCCUUGCCGUUCCUCAUGUUUUUUCAUGGAGGAUACUGGCAGAGCGGAAGUAAAGACUCGUCAGCCUUCAUGGUCAGCCCACUGACAGCACAGGGAGUGGCUGUGGUGAUAGUGGCCUAUGACAUUGCCCCCAAAGGCACCCUGGACCAGAUGGUAGACCAGGUGACCCAGAGCAUCGUGUUUGUCCAGAAACAGUAUCCAGGCAACCAGGGAAUUUACCUGUGCGGACACUCAGCUGGGGCUCACCUCGCCGCCAUGAUGCUCCUGGCCAACUGGACCAAGCAUGGAGUCACGCCCAACCUCAAAGGCUUCUUCCUGGUGAGUGGGAUCUAUGACCUGGAGCCUGUCAUGCACACCUCUGAGAAUGCCUCUCUCCUCACAACCCUGGAGGAUGCUCAGAGGAACAGCCCACAGUGGCACCUGAAGACAGCCCCGACACAGCCUGUGGAUCCAGCCUGCCGCAUCCUGGUGACUGUGGGCCAACACGACAGCCCCGAAUUCCACCGACAGUCCAGGGAACUUUAUCAGACUCUGUGCCGAGGAGGGUGGAAAGCCUCCUUUGAAGAGCUCCGUGAUGUGGAUCACUUUGAAAUCCUUUGGAACCUAACCCAGAAGGACUACGUGCUCACCCAGAUUAUUUUGAAAACAAUCUUCCAGGAGUCCUGAUGACACCAGAACCCCCGCCACCAGCAUGCACCCCGACUUGUGAAACUUCUCCCAAGAGCCCGACUGCUUCCCAUUCUUGCCGGCCUCAGUUUUCCCUGUGCCCAGCAGCGCCUCUGUUUGUCCACCCACCCCGGCCAGGGUCCAUUCCCCUCACUGCUCUGGACACGAGUACAAAUCUCCAUGGCCUGCCCCUGGCCUGGAUCGAGCGGGUUCCAGGGAAGGUCUGGCCCAGGUCCACGCCAUGUGUGAUACCCAGAAUCUGGCCCACAGUCUGCUGAGAGGGUGAAACAAAAGUGACAACUCCCAACCAAAAUGAAGAGUAAGAGCUCCCCAAACCAGUUUUUGUUCUGUGUUUUUGUUUCACUCCUUUGUCUACUCUGUCCUGGGCUCCACCUGACGUCUGGAUUCAUCCCGGAAAGCCCUGGGAUUUUAUCCUUGGGGUUAACACCUUGACUGACAGGACAGUGACAUCCACAGGUAGAACACACUUCCUCUGCCACUCCCCCCCACACACAGGGGUGUGUGUGCAUUCAGUUCCCAAGGAGCCAGCUGGGUCCACCCACCAUCCACCACACCCCUCUCUCGCCCACUCUGAAUAGCUAGCAGUUCAAGAAUGAUUGAUUAUAGCGAAAAUAGGUAAUAGCCUGAAUAUUCAUCAGUAGGGAGUAAGUACAUCUGAGCAGCCGACCAUCAUUAGAAAGAGGUCUGUAGUUUUUUGUUUUCUGUUUCUUUUGCGGUACGCGGGCCUCUC